AAGAUGCUCAAAGAGGCUUGAGCAAUAAAGAGCCUACCCAAAGGCUCCAAAGAAGAUGUUUUCGAAUUUGGGUAGUGGCAAGAAGCCUCCACAGCAGGAAAUGGUCCAGGUUGAGAGAUCUGACUCAACGUCACCUUUUUGGAGGACUCGAAGCAACGAGAAGAAGCGCCCGUCGUCGGAGAAAAAGGGGGAACGAGACCUGAAUAUGGUUGUAGGGGCUUCUUAUUCUCAUGCUGAUAUGCUCAGCAAAGUCGACUCUAUGUCAUUAGGUUCAAGCUCCUCCCGUCCAAGGACACCACCUCACUCUUCGAAUAAAUCAGACGGCAGACACGCAUCUCAGUUGUCGAAAUCAGCUCUUGGGACCACAUCUUCCCCGCGGCGAAAUUACUCGGGCUUCACGUCCAGCACCAAUAAUGACUGGGGUGCGAAUAGGGAAGAGGAUGACGAGGAUGAAUAUGGCUAUGAUAAUAAUGAUGGGGACGACGACUUUGGACUUCCAAGCGUGUCAAGUACGAGGCGGAAGCCGAAAAAACCGCCCGGUGAAGCUUCCGAGCCUGUUGCUGCCCUCAGUCCAUGGAGGACAGACAUGGGGCAGUCUUUGGGUGCACGACGAUACUCGAACAGUGCAGACAUAGCUAUCGAGCGCCCAGCACCGUCAUACCGAACUACCAAAAAGAGCGAGGGCAAAAUCCUCAGACCACAAUACAAAGAGAUCUUAAGGGACCCAGCGAACUCGUUACAUCUCAUUCACCACCCGCCGGUGCCAGACGGCGCCACACAGAAAGAAGUAGACGUACACAGCCACCGCAUAAAUAGGAUAAACAAGUUUAAGAAGAUAUUACAAGCGACCUCGAUACCUCUUCAGGAACUACGCUCAGCGUCAUGGAACGGAAUACCCCAAGAAGUCCGCGCGAUGACGUGGCAAUUACUGCUCGGGUACCUCCCUACGAGCAGCGAACGGCGAGUAAGCACAUUAGAACGGAAGCGCAAGGAAUACCUAGAUGGUGUACGGCAGGCAUUCGAAAGGGGCGGGGGUACACCAGCAGCCCCUGGAAAGGCACGUGGCUUGGACGAGGCGGUAUGGCAUCAGAUCAGCAUCGAUGUGCCCCGCACAAACCCCCAUUUGGAGCUAUACGGCUACGAAGCUACGCAGCGGUCAUUAGAACGGAUAUUGUAUCUGUGGGCUGUGCGGCAUCCCGCGAGUGGCUACGUGCAGGGGAUCAAUGACCUCGUAACGCCGUUUUGGCAGGUCUUUCUGGGGAGUUACGUGAUGGACUGGAAUAUUGACAGUGGCAUGGACCCGGGGCAGUUGCCCAAAGCCGUCCUAGAUGCAGUAGAGGCGGACUCGUUUUGGUGUCUAACUAAACUUCUGGAUGGGAUACAGGACAAUUAUAUCUUUGCCCAACCGGGUAUUCAGCGGCAAGUAGCAGGGCUACGUGAUCUAACCGCGAGGAUAGACAGUAAUCUGGCGAAACACCUCGAGAAUGAGGGUGUAGAGUUCAUACAGUUCAGCUUCAGAUGGAUGAAUUGUCUGUUAAUGAGAGAGAUAAGCGUGCAGAAUACGAUUAGGAUGUGGGAUACAUAUAUGGCGGAAGACCAAGGCUUCUCCUCGUUCCACCUCUACGUCUGCGCCGCUUUCCUCGUGAAGUGGUCCGACCGGCUCCUCCACAUGGAUUUCCAGGAGAUCAUGAUGUUCUUGCAAAGCCUCCCCACGAAGGAGUGGACGGAGAAGGAUAUCGAGUUAUUAUUAAGCGAGGCUUUCAUCUGGCAGAGCUUGUUCAAAGGGAGUCAGGCGCAUUUGUCGGGCGUGCAGAGUCAGGAUAGGGGCUUGGGCGGCAUGGGUGGCACAUAGACACACUAUAAUAGGGACACAGGUCCCACCGAUAUUUGGUUAGAUAGUAUGGGGCAGUGGGCUGGUCACAAUGCACUCAGAAAUUUCUUGCCAG